AGUAUAAACAAUUGCUGAAAAAUCUGCAUUUCGUCCAAAAUGCAGAUGUUGCUGCUUUUGAUUAAAUCAUAAGUUUGCAUUCCUAUUCUGGUUGGCUGAGCUAAAACUUGACAUUUGAUUGGAAAAUGGAGAAAUUAACGACCGAUGCAAAUGCAAAUGCUGCACCCCGAAAACGGCCAGGACGCCCGCCUAAAGCAACCAGCACGGCAAACCAGGAGUCGGAUGUAAUUGAAGAGGUUGACUCGCCGCAGCCCGUAGAGGAACGCUCCUCAUCGCCCACAAAUCGGCGGCGCAGCACGCGUAAGAAAAUCACCAAAUUUGAUGUGCUGGAUGUGCUGAAUAAAAGUCGGAAGACGCAUAAAAUUCAAAUUGAGGCACGCAUCGAUUCCAAUGCACCAAUAACAUCAAUUGCUGGAUCAGCAGCAUCAGAUAUAAAUCGUUUAGUGGUGGCACGCAGCACGUUGCCUGCUGCAUCGGCGCCUCUUGUGCCCAUACUUGAGUCAUUUAGCAAGCCGAAGCCGACCCCGAGUUUGAUUGUUGCCCAAGUGAGCAGCGAUAAAUCGCAACAGCAGACGACUCUCAUACGCAAACGUGGACGUCCACGCAAGGCAGCCUUGAUCUUGGCCAGUGAUCCAUCCACAAGCGUGACUGCUGGCGCUGAUCUGCAACUGGAAUCCAACGAUUCCAAUGAGACCUCAACAAGUUUUAAUUUGAUUGAUGAUGCAUCCAACUCAUCGGAACAAACACUGAUUACACCAAUCGAAAUAAAUGAUGAGGAUGUCAUAACUGUUCUCACAUCCGAUGAGGACUCCAAUUCACAGAUUAUCUUCGUGGACAUUGAAACGGCAAAGGCAGCAGCCGAAGCAGACGAGGAGAUCAAUGACCAACCAAAUCAAACAUUUAAGCUAAUCUUUCCUAAUGCUCAGCAAAAUCAUUUGGAAACAAAUACAAUUGAAAUAGAAGAACCACAGCAGGAAGAAUUAGAGACUCAACUGAUUACUGAGGAACUCAGCGAACCGCCUGAGCUGUGGUUUGAAGAAAUUCACAAACCUGAGGAGCAGCAGCAGGAGGAGCACCAGCCGGAGGAGGAGCUGGUGCAAGCACAGCAGCAGCUGGAGAAUAAAACUAAACAGCAAAUUGACAUUGAAGUUGAGGGCGAAAAGCCAAAAAGCAACUUCAUUGAAGUAAUGCAGCAGGUAAUAGAGAAGAGAAUGGCAGAGAAGAAGCAGUUGGAGAUACAGAAGCUGCAGCGAGAAGAGCAGUUGCAGCGAGAAGCAAAGCUAGAGAGCGAAGCGAAGCUAGAGAGGGAAGCGUUGCUGUUGAAAGAAAGGGAAAUGGAACAGGAAAAGAUGCUGGAAAAAGAAAAGCUGGAGCGAGAGAAGCUGCAGCAAGAAGAGAAGUUAAAGCAAGAAGCUAAACUAGAGAGGGAAAAGCAAUUGGAAAAGGAAAAGCUGGAACAAGAAAAGAAAUUGGAGAGAGAAAAGCGAGAGAGAGAGAAGCUGAAACAGAAGGAGAAAUUGGAGCGAGAAGCAAUGCUAGAGAGAGAAAAGCAGCUGGAGAAAGAAAAGAUGGAGAGAGAGAAGCUGAAGCAAGAAGAGAAGUUGGAGCAAGAAGCAAAACUAGAGAGGGAUAAGCAACUAGAGAAGGAAAAGCAAAUGGAGAAAGAAAAGCAACUAGAGAAAGAUAAGAAGCUGGAGCUAGAAAUGAUGGAGCAGGAGAAGCUGGAGCUAGAAAUGAUGGAGCAGGAGAAGCAGCAGCAAAAAGAGAAGUUGGAGCGAGAAGCAGAGCUAGAGAAACAAAAACAGACAGAAGCGAAGCAAGAAAUGGAAAGGAAGCUGGAGAGAGAAGCCAAGCUGGAACAAGAAAAGAAGCUUGAGAGAGAAAAGAAACUGGAACUGGCAGAGAAACUGAAGAUUGAAGCAAAGCUGAAGCGCGAAAAGAAGGAGAAAGAAAAAAGGUUGGAGAUAGAAAAGAAACUGGAGCAGGAAGAAAAGCAGAGGAGAGAAAAGAAAAUGGAGCAAGCAAAGAAGCUGGAAAGAGAAGAAAAGCUGGAGAAAGACAAAAAGCUGAAGCAAGAAAGAAAACCGGAGAAAGAACAGAAUAUAGAAGUGCUGUCAUCAGCGAAUUCUCCAGCGCCGCUCUCUCCAGAGACGCUCUCAAGUCUCCUCGAGGAAUCGACUGAUAAUACCCACAUUAUCGCUUCUGCAGCACAGCUGCUGGCCUUCAAAGUGGAAAGCCCAAAGCAAACGCUCAGAGAAAUUGAGCUAAAGUCUCCAGUCGAUUUGAAAUGUGUGGUAGAGAAACCAGUGGAAGACAACACAUCAAAAUUAGAGUUAAGGAUCGACGCAACAGAACUGAAUACCACACCAGCUUCAUCAGCCUGUCCAAUUGCCAAGUCUAAAGCGGAGUUGGUCAUGCCACAAGUGAAUGAACAGCUGUUGGCUGAGGCAAAGGCAAUACCACUGCCCAAAUCUGAGAGUCCUGAGCCACAGGAAACAAUCAGUGAACGGCUGAAGCGGGUGCUGCCCGCAAUUGAAGAGAAGAAAGAUGAGAAGCCCUCCAGAUCCACGCCCAACAUGUCCUUCAAGGAGUGCGAUGCACUGUUCAAGGUCCUGGAUAAAGCUCACUCCAAAAUGCUGUACGAGCAGAAGGUCAAAAAGAAGCAAAGGAAGGCAAACAAAAAGCUAACAGCAGCCGAAACCUCCCUGGCCAAAUUGCAGCUGCCCAAGCAGAGUCUACGUCGCAACACGAUCAGCGAGGAGCAUCAUGAGGAGCCAACAACGCCAUUUUCCAGCAGCAGCAGCAAGGCACAGAGUCUUGAAGCAGCCGCCGAAUCCAAGCCAAUCCACAGCAGCAGCAAGAAAUCCCAUGUGAAAAAACAGUCACGUAAAUCUGGAGCUGGUAAACAGGAGAAUAACCAGGACAACAACUACUCCAAUGAGCUGGGCAAUCGCAGUGUGUCCACAACUACAAACAGCGAACUGGAGUUACCCGAUCAGUUCGAUGACAUUGCCAAGUUCAUCAAAGACGGCGAAAAGCUGCUCGAACGCGACUACAAACAGGAGGAUGAGCAACAGCAGCAGCAACAGGUGUCUGCAGCUGGGGAGGAUGAGUUUGCGCAGCGUGUGGCCAAUCUGGAGACUCCGGCAACGACUCCCUCACCCUCGCCCGCAAACAGCAGCGAUGAUCUCGCCUCUGGUGUGCGUCGCUCGCAUCGCAUCAAACAGAAGCCACAAGGCACCAAAUCCAGUUUGGGUCGUGGCAGCAGCAGUUCGACUCAAACGCCUGCGAUCAGCAUGGAGCAACAGCUGGCCGAACUCGCCCACAUCGAGGCCAGCAAUGAGCAAUUUCUGCGCCAGGAGGGUCUGCAGACAUUCCAAAUGCUGCGCGACAAUUAUUAUCGCUGUGCGCGACAGGUGAGCCGGGAGAAUGCGGAGAUGCAAUGCGAUUGCUUUGUCACCGGCGACGAGGAGUCGCUGGGCCAGAUGCGUUGCUGUGGCGAUGGUUGCAUCAAUCGCAUGCUGAUGAUCGAAUGUGGUCCACUCUGCACCAAUGGCGAACGUUGCACGAAUAAGCGCUUCCAGCAACAUCAGGGUUGGCCCUGUCGCGUCUUUCGCACCGAGAAGAAGGGUUGCGGCAUCACCGCGGAACUGCAAAUGCCAUCCGGGGAGUUCAUCAUGGAGUAUGUGGGCGAGGUCAUCGAUAGCGAGGAGUUUGAGCGUCGCCAGCAUUUAUAUUCGGAGGAUCGCAAUCGUCACUAUUAUUUUAUGGCGCUGCGCAGCGAUUCCAUCAUCGAUGCCACCUCCAAGGGUAACAUUUCGCGUUACAUCAAUCACAGCUGUGAUCCCAAUGCGGAGACCCAAAAGUGGACGGUCAACGGGGAGCUGCGCAUUGGUUUCUUUAGCCUGAAGACCAUUAUGCCCGGCGAGGAGAUCACCUUCGAUUAUCAAUAUCAGCGCUAUGGACGCGAUGCCCAGCGCUGCUAUUGUGAAUCGGCCAAUUGUCGCGGCUGGAUUGGCAACGAACCGGAGUCGGAUGAGGGCGAGCAGCUCGACACGGAAACGGAAAGUGAGUCCGAGGAACUGCAGCUGGUGGAGCAGGAGCAGAAAACCAAAACACCCAAAGUCGGCAAGACAAAGAAACAACAAAAGCUGCCCGCAUCGCGUGGCAAGCAGCGCAAGGAACAACAGCCCAAGGCCAAGGAUCGCGAGUACAAAGCAGGACGUUGGCUGCGUCCCACUGGCGGAGUGCGUGCGCCCCGCAAACCCGAUCAGGAGGAUCCCGAUGUGCUCGAACAGCUGACGUUGCUCAGCGGCAGUGGUCUGAAGAAUCAAUUGGAUACGUUGCGCUUCUCACGUUGCAUGGUGCGUGCCAAGCUGCUGGAGACUCGCCUCCAAUUGCUGGGCGUGCUCACACGCGGCGAGUUGCCCUGUCGGCGUCUCUUCCUCGAUUACCAUGGAUUGCGUCUGCUGCACGCAUGGAUCAGCGAGAGUGGCAGUGAUAAGCAGCUGCGUCUGGCCUUGCUAGAUGCACUCGAAUCCUUGCCCAUACCCAACAAGACAAUGCUGAACGAUAGUCGUGUCUAUCAGAGCGUGCAGCUGUGGAGUAAUCAGUUAAUGGAGACACCCCCAGAGGUAGCUGCUCCUGCUCCUGAACCCGAUCCAGACUCGGAGGCAGUGCUGGCACGCAUCUCGGCUUUGUUGCUCAAGUGGAAUGGCCUGCCCGAAAUCUUUCGCAUACCCAAACGGGAACGCAUCGAACAGAUGAAGGAACAUGAACGCGAAGCGGAUCGUCAACAGCAGUUGGAGGAGAGUAAUAGCGCCUCUGCGGUGCUCAACAGCGAUCGCUAUCGCCAGGAUCGCUUCAGACGCGACACCUCGAGUCGCUACGAGAAGUCCAAGCCGCCGUCGAGGAUGAGCGGCAAUAAUACCAUCUGCACCAUCACCACACAGCCCAAGGAGUGGCAGGGCGUCCAGGAGAGUGCCAGCGGCAGCAAAUCCGAUAGUCGUCGACGCUCCGAUUUGGAUCCACGUCGCGCCACCAUUUCCAAGGAGCUGCGACGUUCGCUGUUCGAGCGAAAGGUUGCCCAGGAUGAGGCGGAGAAGCGUGUGGGCAGCGAGGAUUGGCGUGAGCAUGAGCUGCGCUGCGAAUACUUUGGCCUCGAUCUAAAUACGGAUCCGAAGCUGUUGCCCUACUGCCAGAACACCGAGACAAACGAGUGGUUCAACAGUGAGAAUGUGCCGGUGCCGGUGCCACCUCGCUGUGGCGACAUAUCCGAGCCACCAUCCCCAAAAUAUGGUGAUGAUGUGGAGUAUAAGUUACCACCGGGCGUGGAGCCGUUGCCGCUCUCCUGGCACUUCAGCCUGACGCCCGAGGGUGACAUCUACUAUUACAAUUUGCGUGAUCGGAUUCCGCAGUGGGAGCCACCAAAUGCAGAGCAGCGAUUGCAGAAGCUUGUCGACGAUGAUGAGCCGCUCGAGCUGACCGAACCGGAUGAGGCGGCCAAUUUGGAUGAUCUUGUCAAAAUUGAUAUUGACUAUGUGGGCACCUUGAGUGAGAAGUCGCUGAGGCAGUACAUCGAGGUCAAGAUUAAGGAGCGUCGCGAAGCGAGACGCAAUCGUCUCGUCUCGGUGCGUGUGAUAAGUCCGCGUCGCGAGGAGGAUCGUGUCUACAAUCAGCAGGAGUCACGCAAGUACAAGGAGAACAAGGAGAAGAUACGUCGACGCAAGGAGAUCUAUCGACGCACACGCACCGAUGCGAAUCCUGCCGAGCAGCCAGCUAGUCCCGCCGGCGACUCACUGCCCAUUCACAGCUAUCUGUACUCUUCGGAUGAGGAGACUAUCACGGAAUCCAAUCUGCCGCCCGUUGAUGCAUUAGUUCUAAACGUGCCGGAUGUGGUGCAGCCAAGUGGUUCCACGGAAACGGAGACGCCGCCGAGUGCCAAACGCAAACAUGCCAACGUCGAAGUACACAAGAAGCAUCGGGAUAGCAAGCGCAAAACCACAACUGUACGUGAUUCCAAUGAAAAGUUCCAUUUCGAGAUUAGCGGCCAUGUGGCCGAGUUUCUGCGUCCCUUCCGCCAGGACACUUGCCAUCUGGGCCGCAUUACCAGUGACGAGGAUUACAAGUUCCUUAUUAAGCGGCUGAGCCUCCAUAUAACCACCAAGGAGAUGCGCUAUUGUGAAGUAACAGGCAAUCCUUUGGCCUGUACCGAAUCGGUGAAACACAAAUCCUACGAGUUCAUCAAACAAUAUAUGCGCAAGAAGGGACCCGUCUACAAGAAACCGAUCGAUAGACCCGACUAAAUGCCAACUGUGGCACAUGCAUUAAAAACCCCUACUGCCAAAGGGAUUACAACUAACUGACUAACUAUCUUAAACAUAAAUAUAAAACUAUGUUUAUUUCUAUUGUUUUAUCGUACAUGUUUAACAUUUCGAAUUUUAGACAUCAUUUUAAGACUUGUAUUUAAGCAGGAUUCAACAAAGAAACUUAGGAACUAACUACAUAAGAAAUGUAUAAGAAAAUUUACUAAGUUAUUAUUUUAUUUCUUUUUUUUUUGCUAUAAAAGUAAACAUCCAUCUAAAUGGGAAAA